UUUGCAGCCCUUACAUGAAACUCAAAUCUGUAUCUAUGUGUGUAUAUAUAUAAUACACCCUUACAUUCACCCCGGGCCAUCAUCACUUCCUCAGUCCUCAGUCGUCGACUCGUCGCCAGUGCUUUUCCCUUUCUCUCUCCUCAAAAUUCCUCCUCACCAAAUGGCUGCCUCUUCCUCCUCUGCCGCUCUCAGAGCCAUCUCCUCCUCCGUCAAGCUACCUCCCACCACCGCCGCCGCCACGUCCCCUGCCCAAAAACUGCUUUCCUUCAAGCCCUCAAACCCACCUUUCUCCCGGAACAGCAGGCUCACCACCUCCUCUGCCACCGCCACAAGAUCAUUCACUUGCAAGAGCCAGAGCAACCCAUCAGAUGCUUCAAGAUCCAGUAAAGUUCAGGAGCUGUUUGUGUACGAGAUCAACGAGAGAGACCGCGGAAGCCCGGCUUACCUUCGAUUGAGCCAAAAGACUGUCAAUUGCCUAGGCGAUCUCGUCCCUUUCAGCAACAAACUCUACACCGGAGACCUGCAAAAGCGGUUGGGAAUAACAGCCGGCCUAUGCGUCUUGAUAAAAAACGAACCGGAGAAGAAAGGCGACCGGUAUGAGGCCACAUACAGCUUCUACUUCGGCGACUACGGUCACAUAGCGGUCCAGGGGGCUUACCUCACCUACCAGGACACGUUCCUCGCUGUGACCGGCGGGUCGGGCAUCUUCGAGGGGGUGUUUGGCCAGGUGAAGCUGCAGCAGAUUGUUUUCCCCUUCAAGCUGUUCUACACGUUCUACUUGAAGGGCAUACCGGAGCUGCCGUCGGAGUUAGUUUGUACGCCGGUUCCGCCGUUGCCAACCGUGGAGCCGUCGCCGGCCGCCAAGGCGUGCGAGGCUGGGGCCACUAUUUUGAACUUCACGGACUGAUGGGGAAAUAGUCGUGAUUGUGGCGGAGGGAAUGUGUGACAUGAUGGUUGAUGAUCGCGAGGAAUAAAAUUCGCUUUUCCUUUAGGCUGUAUUUUGUUGGUUUUUGUUUUUUGUUUUUUUUUGUUUUUUUGGUAUGUAAGAUAUUAAGAGGGGUUAGCGGUUACAACAGGAAUUGAGCAUCUAUUUUACAAGGACUCGAACCGUGGACCUUUCUGUGGACAGUAACAAAUCAACCACUCGAACUUAGGACCUCCUCCAUGGGAAGUUGUCUUGAUUGUGAUGCAGGUUAGGGCGAUGAUGAUCGGUAGCAAUAAAAUUCACUUUUUCUUGA